AUGAUCAUCCAAAUCCAGCGGCCCAUUACCCAAUUACCUCUCCUCUCUCGGACCCUUCGAAAAUACACCACAUCCGCUUCCUCCGCUCCACCAAUUCUCCAAAUCUCCAACGCAACCUUCUACCGUCAUCACCCCUCCUCCACCCUCUCAACCCCCACCACCAACCCACCUCUCUUCCCAAACCUCACGCUCUCCAUCCCAUCCACGCCUACAGAUCGAUACUGGGCGAUCGUCGGCAGAUCAUCGACUGGGAAAACGACGUUGUUGGAGACGAUUGGAGGGAAGCAUAUUGCUAUUCCGGCAACCGCGAAGAGCUAUCCCUUUCUUGAAGCGAUUGGGAAGACGCCGGAGAGUGCUAUAAAAAGGGUGGGGUUUGAUGGGGAACAAGAUGUAAUUAGAGGGGGAAGGGGGGCGUAUUUGAGUGCGCGGUAUGAGAGUCGACGAGAGGGUGGGGAUUGGACGGUUGAAGCGUAUUUGAGGGGGCAGACGGAGAUGAAUCCCUUUGAAGAUUCGACCAAGAAAGUUGAUGAGAAACUUCUCUUACUGGUGAUUCUUGAGAUGAAGUUGGAAGGCCUGCUAGACUUGAGUGUUACCGAUCUUAGUAAUGGGCAGAAUCGACGGAUGAGGAUUGCUAAGGCGCUGUUGGAACAGCCUGAGGUUCUGUUACUAGAUGAACCGUUUGCCGGACUAGAUCCGGGGAGUGUGAAGGUGUUUGGAGAACUGUUUGGGGAGAUGGCGAGGAGGCAGAACCCGAGGGUUGUGUUGGCGCUGAGGACGCAGGAUGAGGUGCCCACGUGGGUUACGGAUGUCAUUUAUUUGAAAGGGAAUUGCGAGGUUGAUCUUCCUUGGAGGGGUAGGAAGGUUCACCCAAUGUACUUUGGAAACCCCUCUGAAAAGAUAAUGAAAGAUUAUCUUGCGCAUAAGCAGGCAGUGAGUUCCGAGGGGAUGGUUAUUUCUAGGAAAGAAGGUCUCACGGUGGAUCGAUAUCCCUUCGACACCACCAAACCCUCAAUUGGCGAGGCACUGGUAGAAAUGGACGGGGCCGUAAUCUCAUACGGCACCAGAACCGUCCUAGGAAACUGGUCCCACAAAAUCAACGGCCAAAGACGCAAAGGACUCUACUGGACACUACGAAGGGGCGAAAGAUGGGGGGUUUUUGGCCCAAAUGGAUCCGGAAAAACAACUUUAGUUUCACUAAUCUGUUCCGAUCAUCCCAAAACCUAUUCCCUACCCAUCAAACUCUUCGGUCGUUCACGCAGUGCCUCGCCUGGAAACCCAGGAUUAUCCAUCUUCGAGAUCCAAUCCAGGAUCGGACAUUCGAGUCCCGAGAUCCAUCACCAUAUCCCGAAAUCACUUACCAUUCGACAGGUACUGGAGAAUGCAUGGGCCGACACCCCCCGUGGGAUUCCAAAGUUGGAUGAGAAUGCAGAGAAGAGGAUCUAUGCCUUCUUGCAGUGGUUCCGGCGUUUUCUCGCACCCCAAGGCCUUGGAAAAGACGUCCUCCAUUCCCUCGUAUGGGCCGACACGACCCUCUUCGGCGGCCUCUCCUUCGGCGCGCAGAAACUUGUCCUCUUCCUCCGCGCACUCAUUAAAAGCCCCGAUAUCGUCAUCCUGGACGAAGCAUUCAGCAGCAUGGACGACCAUCUUCGGAACCGGUGUCUCGCCUUUCUUACGUGGGGGGAGAGGCAACAAUGGAUUUUUAAGAGGCCCUUGCGCCCUUCGGUUCGGGCACUGGAGGGCCAGGUCGUCUUCGAGGGGUUGACGGACAGGCAGGCGUUGGUGGUGAUCAGCCAUGUCAAGGAGGAGGUCCCGGAGUGUGUGAGGGAGUGGAUUUGUCUUCCUGAUGCGGAGACGGGGGGUGCGGCGAGGGUGGGGAGGUUCGAUGGUCCGAUUGAGGAGGAUGGGAGGUGGGAGGAGAUUUGGGGGAUGAGGUUGCCAUUUGGGGUAGAUUCAAUAGAAAGUAAAUAA